UGAGAAGUGAUGUGGAACGGUGGCGCGGAGAAGCCACUCUUAGUGACUUUGGUUCCUUGCGCUGUGUCUCUUCCAGAACGAAUGUUCUGCUUGAAAAAUGUAUGCAUUGGACUUUACAGGAAAUUGGAUUAGAUUGAUUCUAAGUUUUAAACCACACUCCAGUUUUUUAGUAUUGAUAAGUGACGAUAAAUUAAAACUAAAAAUAAGAUGAUCAGAAAUGGAAACGGACAAAAAAUGUCGCGUCUUAUGGACCAAAGAAGUUUUGUGACGCUUAGGCAAAGUGCUUCUUUUACUAAAUAUGAAUAGAAAACUUGGUUUUAGAGACCAAACAUGAAAUCCUCCUCCUCUUGAAGUUGACGUUUCGCGACUAAUGCGAAAGUCCUUUUCUUAUGAGAGGGGGGACGACUCGUCUUGGGCAGAGGAAUGUUAGCCCAGACGGCCUCGGCAGCCUUGUACCUGCAGACAACCAACAGCAGGGAAUUGCGAAUUACCCGUCUCAAUAAUAACAAUUCCCACGAAGCAAAGGACAGGAAUGUGAAACGGAGUGCGGGGCCCCAAAUCCGAACUUCACACUGUCGCCAACCCCCCGCAGUUGCUUGUAAACGUCCUUCAAGUGCGCCUUUCGACUUGCCUAUCAGCCUGCAGUGGGAGCAGGCCUUGGCAAAGUGCCGCAAGUCAAGUGUUAGUAGCGUCUCGUGGAUAGGUUCCAGCGUCUGCUCUUUGGGCCAAAAGUACUGGAACGCAGACGAAUGGAAAAUAAACCCGAGGAAAUCUUUAGAAGACUGGACGACGCUGGAAAAUUGGACUCCUGAGUGGCUGAAGAGCAAAGAUUUGGGAGAACUCUGGCGGGUUUCGAGGGAAAUGGGGAGUGAGUGGUUAGAUCAGGAGUGGCAAAAAGUGAAGGACCUACAAAUACCCGGAGGGGAUUGGUUCGGAAUCAAUGAAAACAUCAGAGACGGAAUGGAACUUCUGCCUCCCUCUUACCCCCAGAUUCAAAGGUACGUUAUUACAUGUCCAUUACAUUUUCCUGGGAUACAGUUGCGAUGCGUGCCAGCGGUGGUGGUAUACGAUAGUGGGGCAUGUACCAAAGAGGAGGAUGACCCCGCCCGUGCUGUCCUCUACUUCCGGCCACGACACACACCCACCACUGCCCGCACAUCACUCGCUGGCCAACUAGCGGGUGUGGUUCACUUCUGUCGCCACGCCUUCGCCACGCCCACCAUCGUCCGCACACGCCACGCCCAUGUGGCGCUGAAGGAUUACGGGCGAUUCGUCCUAAUGGUGUGUGGUCGUGGCGGAGAGUGGGCAAGGAGCAGAUUGACUGAGGUGACCCGUCUCCUGGAUGCUUCCACUGGCGGUCUCCCGCAUCUUUGGGCAACCUGUGGGAGGGACCAACAAACUUUCGCUUCCAGGCUGACUGAGGUGCUCGAUGCUUUGCUCCCUCAAGCAAUUCCAGACGCAGAUUUCCGAGACGAAGUGAGCCACGUCUCCCCCAGUAGCAGCGAUGCUCCAAGCACCCCUUCCCCAGCUGCAGAAGCCGCUGAGACCGUGUCUGAGGAAGGCCCUGACUCAAACCAGAAGGAGGAAGGCAAAGAUGAAGAAGCUUUUUCUCUUCUACACCAGAUAUUCAAUGCUGUUCCUUCCGUCCAGCUGCCCAAGAGUGGAGGUGGUGUCUUCCUCAGAGCUCAGCAAGUGGUGGAAGCUUGUCAGCAACAUCCGGGAGUUCUCGCUGGGUCCACCAUGCAUAAAGACAGGGUAUUAAGCUCUCAGAUGAGCAACGAUUUAUCAUCCAUAUUGGCAUCUCUCCCACUGCACAGCCAGAAGAGCGGAGUGUUGGAGGAUUAUAAGGUGGAGUUUCGUCUCCCAGGUGGAGUCCACCUGCAUAAGCUCCAUAUUCCCAAGGAGACAUAUUCUACCCUUUGUGCUGAUGUGCCAAAAUCGAUGCCUCGACGUGGUGACCGCAGCCUUCAUGGCGAAGUAUCGUCAAUGGAUCUGACUUCAUUUCGCUCCGUCCUCCAUUCCAGACAGUCCCUCCAUUCCUACCCUUCCACAUUACCCACUGCGAUGGAGGCUACAGAAGAGGUACUAUGUCCAAGUCCCAGUGAAACACAAAAGCACACUCAAAAUCCCCUCAGGGGACCCAGCCUUUUGGCCCGGAUCAACGGAUGCUCAGAACUAGACGCCAGAUCAUCACAGAGUUUGCCCGGAUCUCCCAGGAAGAUCCGGGUGACCGCGACUCUUCCGGAUGUCGGGAGUAAUUCUCCCGACCUCAGGUAUAAGGUUCUCACAGGAAGGAAGCCCCGCCCUCCUGCCUCCACCCACUCAUCCCCUCGGAGGUUACCCGGAGGGAGAAAUGGUCUUUCGAGGACCCACGAUUCAGUUAACAAUGGGGUUGUCAGCUCAUCUUCGAAACGAAGUUCGAAUUUCGGGGUGCCAGAUAUAUCUCGUCUCACAAAUGACAAGAAAAAUCAGCCAAAUAAUAAGCUGAUGACUCAUACGGGGGGGGACACAUCCACCAAGUUAGGCUAUGAAUCUGAAAAAAGUGAAAGCGGCUUUGAGGAUGGCGUGCAGUCUGACACUGAGCUCAACAUUAAGAAUACGAAAAAUAAAUUGAACUUGCAGUUUGCUCCUGACAAAAUAAACAGACCCAGUCCGGAGAUAGAACUUGACGGGUUAAGUAAUGACGAGCCAAAGAUCAUGAGGGAGAUAAACGGAAAUCUUUCUAAGGACAGUGAUUCCAAUAACAAAGAAAGUCCCAACGAUAAUGUGCCCAACUUGAAGUCUCAAGCAUUGGACUACAAAGAUGAGUCAGACACUUCGAGGAGUGAGGAGUCUGAAAUCAGUGUUCUAGAUUUAAGCACAUACCUGGAAACCAAAGAAAAUGGAGACCGCCAGUUAGCUGAAGCUGUUCGAGGUCUGAUGGAGCUGACGACGAGGGCAGAUGACGAAGAGAAUUUCAGGCAAGAAGCCUUCUCUGCUGACAGUCAUCUGACAGAGUCUGGUCAACAUGAGGCCAUAGCAUCCGCAGAAGGCUGGGAAGUGUUAACGCUGUAUACUCAGAAGCAUUCAGAUUGCAUUCUUCACCUUCUUAUUACAUGCAGGACUGCAGCUGAUCCUAAGCUUAUCUAUGCCUUGUGGCGUGUUGGUUUGUCAGGGUUGCAAGAUGUGCAGACAGCAGUCGAGAGGGCUAUGGAAGUUUCUGAAGUAGGAGACAAUGGUGAUGCUUUCUUGCAGUGGUCUUACAAUAUCCUCUCCGCAGUUAUGCCUUCUUCUGUAGACCGAGCUUUAGUUUCAAUGGCCCAUCAAGACUUCAAGUUGCAUCAGAGUCUUAUGGAAGUUACUUUACGUAGUGGAGAAGCAGUGCUAUGGGCUCACAGACACAGCAGCACAGAGACCUUUUAUCAGGUGAAUGCAGCCCCACGUCCAGGAUUACCAAUACCGUCAGACAUCAUGGCCAAAGUUCCCCACCGUGCCCGGCGUCGUUUGGAUAGAGAUCACAACAUCACACUCCUGUAGUUUUUCAAAGUAUCACUGUGUGGCUCCCAUUUUGGUCAAGCAGUCUUUAAAGUUCUUUUCAUGGAAUUUCAUCUCAGACUUUCAAUGCAAACUUGCAACUUGUGCUCUAAACAGUAUUUUGUAGGGUAUAGAAAUGGUGAAUUAGCUGUUUUGAUAUGUGAUAUGAAUAACUUUGAAUUGUUGCUAUUUCCAGGCAAAUUUAUAUUAGAACUUUAUUCUUACAGAAAAGUAAUUUAAUGUUAGCAUUGUUUUCCAUCAUGCUCUUGAAGGGGUAGGAGAUCUAAUUAUUUAUGAAAAAAUGACAGUACGUAUUGAACCCGUCCCUCAGGUUGGUAGGUUACAACAACCAAGAGACCCAGACUUUGGUCAUCAUGUUCAGGUUAUUGAAUAAGUGUUUAGCUGUUGUAAUGCUAGCGAUCUCAACACAGAUAUAAAAUGAAAUAAACGAAGAUGAUAUCACUUUCAAGUAUCAGUGUAUUGAAAAUUGUUUGGCCUUAUUUAAGAGCAAUGCAAACCAAAGCUGCCAUAUAGUGCGUAUAUAAGUCACACUUAACUUUCAUAUCCAUUUGUAAUAUCAUCUACAUACUUCUCUAUCAUAAAGAAGUGCUUUUUUAUUCAUUGCCAUCUGAGACUGUUCUACCAAUGGAAGUCAUGAGAUACUGAACAGACAAGGCCCUGUCCUGAAUUUAUUCUAAGCUCUCUCAAUCGCUUUGCCUCUCAAGUUUAAGAUGUUUUGGAGAGGCUUAAAUGGGCGGGGAGGGUUUUUGAGGUAAAAUUCGAAUAUCAAAAAUGAAUUGCUUCUCAGUAAUGCUCACCUGCAGAAAGCAGUCUUGUAUUUAUUAUAGAGUUUAUGUGUACUACUAAUAUGAAGGUAAUUUAAGUGUACAGUUGUUUAUUGCAUUCCAAAAACAGAUUUAUUACGAAUUAUAGUACAGCUCAGUAUUUGAGUGUUGCUUUAUAGAUAUAAUGUAUUCAGGUGUCUUUUUUGUUUGAUAUACCAAUAUUCAUGUAGAAUAUAAUAUAUGCACUAAUAUUUUAAAGAUAUGGAAAUUGUUGAAGAGUAUGGGUGUAACACGAGGUGUUAAUGUGUGGCAAUCUGCAGUAAAAAUAGUCAGCAAUGUCCUCUCAUAAACAAAACUAUUCGUUUUCAUUCCACACUAGGAGGAGGAUGUAUCUUUAAAAGGUUAUGUUUCCUGUGCACGGAAAAUCAAGUCCUCCUAAAUGGUCCCAAACCGCAGAUAUUUAAAAAACCCUUCUGUUGGUUGGUGGAAAGCUUUGAGUCUAGUAGCAAUCAUAAUUACAUUAAAUUUUUUAGCAAACCUGUUUACAUUAAUUAUAUUUAGAUAUGAAAUAUUUAA